CUUAUGCCUCAAGCUUUCUUGCGCUGAGCAGUUUAUUUGCAAAUCUUGCGUGAAGAGGAAGUGAGAACCUGCGAUGGCAAACGUCUCCACAGUGAUCGAUGAUGGAAAGAAUGGCACAGAUCAGACUGUAUAUUUGUGUGACUAUUCUGACUUUUCAACUGUCAGUGGUGCCUUCUUCAUCCUCAUCUUCAUCAUCAGUGCAACUGCCAACUGCCUCCUCUUGUGCGUCGUUUUUAUCUACGAAAACCUGAAAAAUGUCACAAACAUGUUCGUCCUGAACCUGGCUUGCUCGGAUUUGGUCUUCACCAUCACACUUCCGUUCUGGGGCGUCUAUCACCUUCACCACUGGGUGUUCGGGGACUUUUUGUGCAAAUUUAUCACUGCGGCGUAUUUUCUCGGCUUGUACAGCAGUGUCAUUCUCCUGACUGCCAUGACGGUGGAUCGUUUCGUGGCGGUGGUGUUGCACAACUACCCGAGCAACCGUGUGACCAGGAAGAGGUGUUUAAUUGGAGCCUGUGUGGGUGCAUGGGUCAUCAGCAUUGGCGCAUCACUGAGUGAUGGUAUCUCAACACAGGUGGAGUACUGGGACGAUAUUUACUUAUGUGAGGCUCAUUCUGAUGGCUCUGAUACCGACGUGGCGUAUUACCUCCAAGCCUCACUGCUUUUCUUCCUCCCGUUUGCCAUCAUUAUCGUCUGCUAUUCCGGCAUCCUCAAGACAGUUGUGCAGGCUUCCAACAGAAAAAGAUACAGGACAGUAGUCGUGGUGUUGUGCAUUGUUGCAGUCUUCUUCAUCUGCUGGGGGCCGUACAGUUUUUUACUCUUGAUCAGGAGGCUCUACAAACCCAACGACUGUGAGGCAAAGGAGCGGUUGGACGUCGCCUAUCAAAUCUGUCGCUUAUUUGCCUUCUCUCACUGUUUUAUGAACCCUUUGCUGUACAUGCUCUCAGGAAAGAUGCGAAGACACUUGUUGCAUCUCCUGCACCUCAAGAGGAAGUGGGGGACGCACGCGGAGAGAAGCACCGGGCACAGCACGGGCUUUCAGGAUGUUUUAUAUACGGCACAAACCUCUGCUGUCACUUUUACACAGAAAUCAAACAGAGGAUCACAGCUGAAAUGAAAUGUCAGCCGUGGGUCUGAUUGGAGGUUUGUUUGUUUUAUUAUUAUAGAGCAACAACUCGGAACACAGGUUCACUUAUGUUUGUACAUAUUGUUAUAUAUAUUUCUUAUAUUUUUAUAUUAUCUUACUUAUCCUUAUUGCCUACAUUGCUCUGCUGCUGUAACAAAAGGUAAUUUCCCCCUGGGAUCAAUAAAGUAAUUCAGAUUCUGAUUCUUAUCUGCGAGUCGAGUAAAAUUCGCACUAAUGUUUUUUUUUUCUUUUCUUUGAAAGGAAUGUUUGCUGAUGUACACUGUCCCUGCUUAAAUAAAGAAAUAGAUACACUGAAAUUAAAAUGUUGACAUGUAUGAUGUACGAUGACUGCAGUAAUAAAAUUUAGUUCAAACCCA